AUGAGUUUGACACGGUCUCUUCUCUCUUCAAGGCCAUCAGACUCGGGUCUGCACAUCCAGCUUCACCCGUUGGUUCUCCUCACCAUCUCCGAUCAGAUUACCCGCCAUGCCGCACGACAACAACAAGGUCUGCUGGUCGGAGCUCUCCUUGGCCAACAGAAUGGUCAAGAGAUCACCCUUGAGCAUGUGUUUGAAUGCCCAGUCACUCUGGGGGGGAAUGGGGAGGCUCUUCUGCCAUCCUCAUGGUUUGAAGAGCGGCUGAAGCAAUUCAAGGAUGUCCACAAAGAUCCUCAGCUUGAACUGGUGGGCUGGUGGUCCACAACAAGCUCUUCGGGACCUGACCAUUCCCUUUUGCCCAUUCACCGUCAAAUCCUCCAAGACCACAACGACUCAGCUGUAUUUCUCGCGUUCCAUCCCUCACAAAUCCAAUCCAGCACACAUUCUACGAAACUCCCUUUGACAAUCUACGAGACCGUGCUGGAGGGAGACAAUGUCCCCGAUGCAGCGAAGGACAUGCAAAUCGACGGCGAAGAAAUGGGCUCCAACAUUCGAUUCCGCGAGCUACCGUAUUCCGUGGAGACCGAGGAGGCAGAGAUGAUCGGUGUAGACACCAUUGCGCAGACUGCGGGAACUGCCUCUCGAUAUGAAAUCCCCAGCGAAGCCGGCACCUCAAGUGCGGGCGACAAGGUAGCGAUUGAAAGCAAGAAGAGCUUGCAGGCCGAGCUAACACAAGAGGAAGAAGAACUGGUUGCAAAUCUCAAUACCCGCUUGAACGCAGUGCGCACGCUCGAAUCACGUAUCGCCCUCAUCAAGUCCUACGUUUCUAGCAUCUCGGUGACCGACGCGGCGACGGCCGCAGAACACGACCCUAGCAGCCCGAGACUCUCCCACCCUAUCCUCCGCAAUAUCAAUUCGCUCAUGGCUCACCUGUCCAUUCUUUCACCGAGCGAACGAAGCAGUUUCUCCGCCGAAGUGUUAUCUCAAAGCAACGACGUGAAGCUCGUCUCUUUGCUCGGCGAACUUGGCGAAAGUAUCCAAGCUAUGCGCGAACUCGGUCGAAAGUCCGCCGUCGUGCAGUCGGGGCGGCAAACUAAGAAUCCACGAAAACAACCAAAUGUCGAGGCGGCAAGUUUCGAGGACGAAUUCCUCGCUCGCGCGCCUCGGCAAGGAAGAGAGCGUAGGGUUGGGUAUUCUUAG